AGACUCCUAGAAAGGCUCUGGAGCCUGGGGACAGCAAAAAACGGGCCUACUGGGCCAUUGCGUGCCAGGAGUGGGUGGAGUGUGUGGGGGUCGUGCGUGCAUGCAUGUGGCGCAUAGAAUUAUGGGUAUGGAUGUGCGCAUGCGACCCCCCCACCGCUACUGGCACGCGAUGGCAAAAAGGUUAGCCAUCACUUGAUACACUGCUGUAGUGUAUCAAGAAUGGCAACCUGACAUAUUUCUGCCUAGUUGGAAUAAUUUUAAAAAUGUUAAAUCUUAAAAACUUGGCACACUAUUACUGAUACAGUCCAUUAGCUCCAUAUAUAUAUAUGUAUGUGUGUAUGUGUGUGUGUGUGUGUGUGUUCUGUAUAAAAGUAUAAAAGACAAGGACUUAGAAAAAAAAAACAGCUUUGCCAUAUUUUCUUUCCACUCCUGUUGUUCAGAUGAAAGAGAAUGAAAGCUUUUAUGCAUUAAUUAUAAAGAUAGCAUUACACAUAAAAUUACUUGUAAAAAUGACAUUUAUAGUAUGUACAUUUCAAUAUUUCUAGUCUGCAUUGAUAGAAAUGUAAGGCUUUGUUGUUUGUAGAUACUGUACGUUAAUGUAGUAUAAGAGGUGAACUCAAUAUUUUUGUUAGCUUGUUUAUUAUUGAAAAACGCUGGAAAACCAAGUCCAUAUUUAAUGGUACCAGUGGUAUUUAAAAAUAAGGGAAAUUGCUGAGGUUGAAAAUUUAAUAAAGAAUGUUGAAAAAGUAUAUUAUGAAGGUAAAAUGCAGGUAGAUUUGAUAACCAUUUAUUAAUGGUGUCCCACCCCUUACGAUCUCUUUGUAAAUGUAGAAAUACCACUUUGGAUAGAAACAGAUAUUCAAUAUUCAGUGAAUACUCAGUGGUAUUCAGUUGGUUUGGACCGGUUCGGGCAAACCAGUAGUGGAAAUUUUUAGUAGUUCAGAGAAGUGGCAAAUCGCACCACCGGCUGGCCCUGCUCACCCCGCCCCAAACCACUCCGCCCUAUAUAUCUUGCCUUUGCCACGAGGCCCAGCUAAUCUCUGUGCCUUGCCUCUGCACCUCACCUCGCCCGCUCUGCUCACCAUGCCGCCCGCUCGCCCUUUGCCUGGGGUCAGCGCCAUACCCUGGCUCCGGCCUUGCCCCAGAGCCUCCGCCCAUUUCGGCUGGGUUGGGGAACACACCUGAACUUGCCCCGAAGCCUCCACCUGCUCGCCGUUCACCUCGGCCGGGUUGGGGAACAUGCCGUUCCCCCGCUCUAGCUUUGCCCUGGAACUCCACCCACAUGCCGCCACCCCCCUUUGGCCUCAAACUACACCCCCCCCGGGCUGAAGCAAUUUAUUCAGUCUGCGGCCUGCUGCGCUAGGCCAAAGGGCCACCGGGGUGGGGGUGGGGGCGUGGGCACACACAUUUUCGACGAACCGGUGGUGGAAUUAUUUGGAACCCAUCACUGGAUAGAAAUAUUCCAGAAGCUGCGCUUUCAUCAAGGUGAACAUGGACUGCAAAAAGACUCCGGAGUUAAAACACUAAUCCAGAAAGGGACACUUAUAUGAUUAAGCUAGAGAGAAACCAGGGGAUGUUUUCAGCCAAUAUGGAGAGAUGAUUCUGUGAAAGAGGAGGAUUGCUGCAGAGAGCAAGCAUGGCAUUUGCCCAAUCACACAUCAUGACUGCUAGAAGGCAUCAACACAGUCGACUCAUAAUCGAAGUAGAUGAGUACAGCUCCAAUCCAACACAGGCCUUCACUUUCUACAACAUUAAUCAGGGACGUUUCCAACCCCCACAUGUACAAAUGGUAGAUCCUGUUCCACAUGAUGCUCCCAGACCUCCAGGAUACACCCGUUUUGUUUGCGUGUCUGAUACUCACUCCAGAACAGAUCCAAUUCAAAUGCCAUAUGGAGAUGUUUUAAUUCACGCUGGUGAUUUCACUGAACUGGGACUUCCUAGUGAAGUUAAAAAAUUCAAUGAAUGGUUAGGUAGCCUACCAUACGAAUACAAGAUUGUGAUAGCAGGUAAUCAUGAGCUGACAUUCGAUCAAGAGUUCAUGGCAGACUUAAUCAAGCAGGACUUUUAUUAUUUUCCCUCAGUAUCAAAAUUGAAGCCAGAAAGUUAUGAAAAUGUGCAGUCUCUCUUAACGAACUGCAUAUACCUGCAGGAUUCAGAAGUAACAGUCAGAGGCUUCAGGAUAUAUGGUUCUCCAUGGCAACCUUGGUUUUAUGGCUGGGGCUUUAAUCUACCACGAGGCCAAGCGCUCUUAGAGAAAUGGAACCUAAUUCCAGAUGGGAUAGACAUUCUUAUUACACACGGACCGCCUCUUGGUUUUCUAGAUUGGGUUCCUAAGAAAAUGCAGAGGGUGGGCUGUGUUGAGCUGCUGAAUACAAUCCAGAGACGAAUACAACCACGACUUCAUGUUUUUGGACACAUUCACGAAGGUUACGGUGUUAUGGCUGAUGGAACAACUACCUAUGUGAAUGCUUCUGUCUGUACCAUGAAUUACCAGCCAUUGAAUCCACCUAUAGUAAUUGAUUUACCUACUCCAAGAAACACAUAAUUGUGCCAGAAUGGAAAUAUGUCAUUUAUGCCAACGUAAGAGCCAAGCAACCAUGAAAUUGUGGCAUUAUUUUUAUUGUUCUCUAUAGACAACGCGGAAAGAUAGAAAUGGACAAGUAACAAAGGCAUUUGGCAUCACAACCUUCUGAAAAUGUAUUCCUGGAUCUAGCAUUUCAUUGUUUUAAAAAAUGGUUAAUAUAUGAAAAAGGAAACAACUUCUGCGUUAUAGACAUUGGUGCAUUUUGUAUAUUCCAUAUGCUGUAUUGAAUUUAUGAAAGGACACGUCUCUUCAGCAACAUGAUUUGUUAUGAAUGCUUGCAGUUUUAUAUGUGUGUUCAGUAACAGCCUUCUUCAUUUAUAUCUGUACAGAGGAAUAAUCAUAUUGAGAGUCAAAAUUUGUAAUUGUGUGAAAUACACUUUCUUUAAACAGUAUCUCCAUGUAAUCACCAAAAGAAUAAUAAUCUUAUUCUGCAUUAUUUUGAAAUCUACCCUGUUUCCCCGAAAAUAAGACAUCCCCUCAUAAUAAGCCCAAUCGGGCUUCUGAGCGCAUACGCUAAAAUAAGUCCCCCCGAAAAUAAGCCCUCCCCCAAAAUAUUUAAAACGCAUUCAUAGCCGGUCCCCACCAUUUCCUCCACGCACCCCAAAAUAAUAAGACCUCCCCAAAAAUAAGGCCAAGUGCUUAUUUCGGGGUUUGAAAAAAUAUAAGACAAGGUCUUAUUUUCGGGGAAACACGGUAUACACAUUCUUUCAGUUUAACAGUGUAGAGAAACAACAACUCUUGUUUGCAACAGGGAACAAACGUUGAAAAAGAAAAAUGUUAUAAUAUGAAUUACUGAAUUGCUGUGCACAACAGGAACAUUUUAAAAAGGAAGUGGUUUAAAAUCAGAUGAAAACUCAGGAAUUAGUUUUUCCUCCCGAUAAGUAAGAUAGUCUGCUACUUUUAAAUCUUACCUACUAACUUUUAGGUUGUGAAGUCUUAGGGCUGAUAGCAGUGGCCUCAGUUGGAUUUUUCUUGAGCAAUGAUGUGGAAGCAUCAGAUAGAACCCACAGUUGCCGAUAGCAAAUUAAACAGAUUGUUCAGGUUCUGUUGUUGCUUUUUGCUGUUAUUUUUAAAUAUAAUAUGGUCAUAGCAGUGAUCCUGGAUAAGACCUAUCUGUAUGAUCUUUAAGACUGAAAGCCAGUUUGGUCUAGUGGUUAACGUACCAGGCUAGAAAUUAGGAGACUGUGGGUUUUAGUCCCAUCUUAGCAGUGGUGGGAUUCAGUCAGUUCACACCACUUCGGGAGAACCGGUUGUUAAUUUUCUGAGCAGUUUGGCAAACUGAUUGUUGGAAGAAAUCAUUAGGGCAGAGAACCAGUUGUUAAAUUACUUGAAUCCCACCACUACAUCUUAGACACGUAAACUGGCUGAAUGACUCUGAGCCAAUCAUUCUCUCUCAGUCCAAUAACCAACAACAAGGUUGUUAUUGUGGGGAAAAUAGGAGGAGGAGGAAGGAGUAAUAAAUAUGUUCACUGUCUUGAGUUAUUUAUAACAAAAAUAAUGGCAAGAGUAAAAAAAAAAGAUCAGCACUGAAUAGAUAGCACAUAAUUGAUAAAUCAGCCAUAGCAAUACUGACGUCAAGCACUAAGAAUCACUUCAACGUGAUCACUAGUGUAAAAGAAAUUCAAUGCAGUUGCUAGUUUUGUAAAAUAAGAAGGCACAGAAGUUUCCAGAUAUGGAAAGAAGCAUUUUCACAUUGAAGAUGGAUUGAUUGAUUCAUAGGCCAAGAGCAGGAAAAGUGAUAAAUGCUAUAUAUGUAUCUGUUUCUCACUAUGUCAACAACUGAACAUGAAAGAGGUUAUUUUGGUAUUGUCGUGCUCAGGAGCUUCCCUAGCUUCAUCCAGGGGUGGGCUUCAAAAAUUUUAGCAAAGGGUUCUCUACCUGGUUGCUGGAUGGGCGUGGCCUAGUCAGCCUCCUACACCCUGGCUGGGGGGGGAGCUUUUUGCCCUCCCCAGGCUCCAGAGGCUUUCCUUGAGUCUCUGGGAGGGUGAAAACGGCUUCCCCAGGCUCUGGAGGCCAGAAACAGGCCCGUUUAUGGCCUUCCCGAACUUCCGGUAGGCCCGUUUUUCACCCUCACCUCACCUCCGCAUGCGCUCUGCACUUACCUGCAUCCAAAACAGGCUGCGUGGGGACUCCUGGAAGGGGUGGGCGGGGCCAGCCGGAAGUGGGAUUUGGGGGUUCUCCGAACUGCACAGAAUCUUAGCUAAAGGUUCUCCCGAACCCCUGUGAACCCCCAGCAGCCCACCCCCGGCUUCAUCAUUCACCGCUUCAUCUUAACUGGAUCUGUGAUAUAAUUCAAAAACUGACCAACAUUUUCAGCCACAGAGAAGAUUUCUCACUGUUGGGUAACCCUCUAUUUUGUAAACGAUUUGUUUUUGUGGAUUAGCUUCCCUCACUCCUAAUUUAGGUAUGCGGGUAUGUAAGAUGAGCAAACAACUAAAUGCAAACGAAGGGUUGCAUGCCAGCAGAUGACUGGUCAAGGUAGCAAAAAAAAAAAAAAAAAAAAGACGAAUUUCUUAUAGAGUCCCCAAGCACAGAAUGUUUCCACAUGUUGCCACAUAUUAUUGUACACAAUCAGGUAGAGGAAUUUUAUACUAUGAAUCAGUGUGGCUUUUUAAAACAUAGAUUUUAUAAUGAAAAUCAUGAUUUUAUAGUGAAAAAUCAUGAGAAAAAAAAAAGAAUUCCAUUUCUCAAACUAAGGCUUACAUGCACAUUGCAAACACUUCAAAAUGUAGUGAGCAUUUUGAAAAAAAGCAGCUCCCCUUGUCCCUUUUUUCAUUGUAUCUCAAUCAGGAGAUAUUCUCUGAAUAUUUCCCCCGUGAGAUUAUACUUCUUUCAAAAUGCUAUGUAUUUUUUAUGUGAGAAUGUUACAGAAGGAGUUAUAAUCUUUAAAAGGAAAUACUGUAUUAAGAUGCUUUGGCGGUUCCACAGUUUUUAGGAUAACUGGAUUGUUGUUCCAAAGUUGGGUGAUAUUUUAAGAUGGACCAAAAAGUAGCCAAAAGUGCAAACCUUCAUUCUCUUAAAUCAGGGGUCAGCAACCUGUGGCUCUGGAGCCACAUGUGGCUCUUUCACUCCCCUGCUGCGGCUCCCUGUCACUCAAAAUAUGCAUCACAACCACCAAUGUGCGACACCCGCUGGCACACAAUUUAUUGAGCUUUUCAACCUCUGGUAGGCCAACCAUGGAUAAAUCCAAGAAAAACAAAGUUUCAGAAGAAAACAGAACAUUUAAUUCAACUACAUAUGCUAGUUUUGUGGCCACUCAAGAAAUAGUUAGGCACAGGAAGGGUUUUGUGGCUCCCAGUGUUUUCUUUUCUGUGGGAAACGGGUCCAAAUGGCUCUUUGAGUGUUUAAGGUUGCAGACUCUCUCUCUCUCAUCCAUGCAGAAUACAGAAUAAUAGAGUUGGAAGGGACCUUGGAGGUCUUCUAGUCCAACCCGUACUCAAGCAGCAGACCCUGUUCCAUUUCCGACAAAUGGCUGUCCAGUCUUUUCUUAAAAACCUCCAGUGAUGAAGCACCCACAACUUCUGAAGGAAAGCCAUUCCAUUGUUCUCACUGUCUGGAAGUUUCAGUGGGAGGUUGCUUUUCUCCUUGGUUGGUUUCCAUCCAUUGUUUCUUGUCUUGCCUUCUGGUGCUUCGGAAAAUAGGUUGAGACCCUUUUCUUUGUGGCAGCCUCUCAAAUAUUGGAACACUGUUAUCAUGUCACCCCUAGUUGUUUUUUUCUCUAAACUAGCCAUAAACUAGCCUUUUAAGACAGAACCUUGGGGUACCCCACUGCUUAAUUCUCUCCAUGUAGAUGUAGUACCAUUAAGGACUACUCGUUGAAUGCAAUUUUUCAGCAAGUUACAAAUUAAUCUAGUGAUGAUGCUGUCUAUCUCACAUUUUUCUAGCUUAUCAAGAAGUAGGUUGUGGUCUACUUUGUCAAAUGCCUUACUGAAAUCUAAGUAUACUACAUCCACAGCAUUUUGCUAAUUUAGUCACUUUGUCAAAGAAUGAAAUAGAUUGGUUUGGCAUCAUCUCUUUUUGACAAACUCAUGUUGGCUUCUGGUUAUAAAUUUACUUGCUUCUAGGUGUUUGCAGAUCUAUUUUUUUAUUAUCUUUUUGCAGGAUUUUCCCAGGUAUUUAUUUCAGGCUGAUCGGUCUAUAGUUUCCUGGAUCUAUUUUUCCCCUUUUUUGAAGAUGGGAACCACAUCAGCUCUUUUCCAGCCCUCAGGUAGUUCCCCAGUGCUCCAGGAUCUUUGAAAGAUAUGAUUUAAUGGUUCUGACAUCUGCCUGCUCCUUAAGAUCUCUGGAAUGUAAUCCAUCAAAUCCUGGUGAUUUGAACUCAUCUAGAUCAGAAAGGCGAUCUCUUACCAUUUUCUUGUUUAUUUUAAUUAUUUUUUAAUUUUUAUUUAUUUCUAGUCUGACUGUUAUGGUUAUGUUUUUGGUAGGCUGGGCUGUACUUUCUUCUUACGUGAAGACUGGUGCAAAGAGUGAGUUAAGCAGCUCUACUUUCUCUCUACUGCCCGUUACUUCCUUGCCAUCUUCUCCUUUUAGUGGAUCGAUUGUUUCCUUGACUUCUUUCUUCUUCUUUUAUGUAUUCAAGUCCUUAAUUUGUCUUAAUUAUUUUACCUUAAUAUAAUUUAAAGUCCUUCAUUUACUAUUCUUGAGUUGGAGGAAAAUUGGGUUAUUUUAAAAAGAGCUGCUGUCUUAACCUUCAUUUUCACUAUACCUUAGAAAGUUGGCGUUGGUGUCUUCACAGAAAGGCCCUGGUCAUUAGCAGUGGGAGAGAGAGGCAUUGAAACAUUUGCUGGAUGUGGUUAUACUUCCAGAUUUCCAUGGGGAAUGUAAGCCUCAUGGAAGUUAAGGAAUAUUGGGUGGCUGGAUGAGGUGCUGUUCUCCUCAGCAGCUGAACCUUGAAUAACAAUGGAGAAACAACGGUUGCAAGUUUCUGAUCGCUAAAGAGGAUUCCUACAAUGCUUGUAUGAAAAGGCCUUCUGCUUGUCUAUGGAUAACGACUUCCUUGCCUCACCAAUUUGAUCUAGCUUUACUGUGCCUCAGUAGGGCCUAGCUGUGAGAUGCUGCAAGAAAAAAGUCUUCAAUGAAUGUGAAUUUUCCAGCUGAGGAAAGGAUGCUAUGUGGAUGAGCCCUAAGCCCUAAACAUGCCAGAAACUGAAGAAAAAUUUUGGAGAACACAUGAUGUUUUAGUUUUCGCCAAUAUAUUUCCCAACUAUGGAUUUUGAAUUUUUUUCCCCCCUCAUAAACCAGUGGAGCCAGCUUGGUCUUAUAUAUGCUUUGGAACGUUGUUGUAAUUUUCUCUCAAGCAUGUUAGAACAAUAAACAAAUCUUUUAAAGCUA